UCACAUUGGUACUUACCGUUGGUAGGUUUCAAAACCGCGCCCUUAUACAUAAGAAACACCUUAAAACUUACCUCAUCUAACCUCAUAGGUGUCUCUCUAUGGUCGUUUGGGCACGCGAGUCUCAGCGCUCAUCUAGACCUUGGCGCCCUAGGCACUUGUCUAGUUUGCCUUAGCCCUUUACACCCGGGAUGAAACGAGCGUGCGUUUAACUUUUAAAAAAUUCUGGCGCCAAACCGUUUGCUUUUUGCGAACGCAACCGGCAUCGAUCUAUCGUGAGGGUAUCUCGCUUGCGCCAACAAAAUCGCGAGGCCCGUGCGAGCGGCCAGUGUCUUGCGAGCCUUGGUGGGAGAUGGCGACGUGUUUUGACUCUCGCAGCGUCACCGGACAAGAGAUGAAUGACGGUCAAAUUUCACAAAUCUUGGGUGAUGGAAACCUUUCCAAAAUUGAAGAUUUUGGUGAAGAUGAUGACAAUUUUCAACGUAAUGUCCUGAAAGAUCUCAAUUUCGAGGAAACAUUCUCUGGCAUGAAAUCCGAAGAAGAACCCGAGUUUGGAGACUCUCCAAUCGGGAUGAGGCCUUCUGUGGUUCUCCAUUUGAAUAAAUUUGUCCCACCUGGAAGCUGUAUCUGCCAUGAUAGGUUUUUUACUACUGUCGCAUUGAUCGAAGAGCACAGGAGGAAUCUUCAUGGCACUGGAACGAUAAUGAUGAACCGGAUCUCUGAUCGUGCUGCAAUUAAAUUCAACACUGAUGCUAGGAUUGCUAAGCAGGAAAAACAUUUUGCCCUUAUUGGAUUUUCGUCUAACAUAGCCGACGGAUUAUCAAGUAUUCCAUCCAAAGAACGCCGAAUGUCCAGUGAUAUUGAGAAUGAUCCGCUAGUGGAAAAUGAUUCUAUAGGUCAUCAAAUAAACCUUCUGUAGCAAAAAAAUAUGACGGUUAUGAACAUUUUCCGGUAUUUGGUGAAAUAAAAGCUCCAAGAAUGGGUCGACAUGAAACUUGUGGCAGCCGCACGAAGAUACGAUGCGAAAAAUGUGAUACAUACUUGUGCUUUCCCGUGGGAAAGACUGUUUUAAGUCAUAUCAUCAAGAACCAUAAUUUUGAUAGUUCCUUUUUGUGAUUAAAUAAUAUUAAUUACUAUCAGCUGUAGAACUCCUUUAGUUUUUAUGACUUUUGUUACCAAAGCUGGUUUUUUAAGAAUUAAGGAUUCGAUAGUACCUAAGUUUAAUAAUGUGGACUGAUUCUAGAAUGGGUGAUUAAAGUAAUAAGCUCCCAAACAUUUAUAUAUCAGUUUAAUUUUCCAUCCAACUAUCAAGAUAAACAUUCUAUUUAAAUUACCCUCACGAUCGUGAGUAGUCAAGUUGUACCUAAAACUCACGAUCGUGAGGGUUAACUCCUGGGUUAACUAUAAACCUGAGAUUUUUUUCAGUAUUUUUUCGAAGCCCCUACGGCUCUACAGAAUGAUGUAAAAACCAUUACAUAGACGAUUUCAAAAUAAAAAUCUAUCGGGUGUAAAGGGUUAAGUUGUUUUUUUUUUAAGGGGGG